AUGGCGAAUUCGACAGAGAAGGAAACUUUGAAUGUAAACGAUCAGCCAAUAUCGAUCUUUCUGGAGUUUGCAGACUUGGCGAAAUUUAAGACAGUAUUUCAAGGGUUUGGUGUGGAGAAGUUCGACCAUUUAAAUGAUGUACAAGAUGAUGAUUUACUCAAGUUUGGUAUGUAUGUGGAAUUGUGGAUUUAUAGUGGAUAUAUUUUAUAUAUAUUUUAUAUUUUCGAUACCUUCUAUAUCAUUCAUUCUUCUUUCUGAUCGCAGUGCGUCUUUUUAUUCACAGGCCUAUCUAAUAUUGAGAUCAGGCGAUUUACUCGGAAAGUGGCAGACUUCAGAUCACAGCACGCUAUAAAGGGAGUUACAGUGGAGAAUACUUCAAGUGCUGCAGGAGCACGUGAACCUGUCACGAAACAGCAGUCUACAGUAUUAAUGGGACCAUUAAAACCUUAUCGACCACAGUCUGCUUGGAAAUCGACCUCAGUGGGAUUUAUACCUAAUCCUACAACACCAAGGGCCGAGUUUAUGAAUUCAUUACUGCCUGAAUUUUACAAGUCAAAAUUCAAUCAUUGCAAGAAUGCCAAACAGUUUGUUAAAGAAUUUCAUGGAACAGGAAGGGAGCUCUAUCACUCAAAACAGCAAAUUGAUGAGAUUGACAAGCAAAUAAACUCAAUGAUGAACAAACAAAAUCCUGCAGCAGCAGGGGUUGUUCUUGACAAAGAUUAUACUUUAGUUCCUAGUGAUAGUAUUCGAAUCAACAAUAACAUCCAAAGGGCUAAACAAAUAAUUUCAAAUCUAAGUUCUACUGAUAACAAACUAAAAACUUUAGACAGCAAACUUUUCAGUUCCACUGGAAAACUGAAAAGUGGAGAAGAAGCUACCCAUAAGUUCUUUGAAAAACAAUUGGGAGAAGUUGUCCUUCUCCACAGGAAAGUGACAGAAAUUAAUAAUCAGUUAACAGGAUUACAAGAAAAGUUCACUCGUCUCUUUAAGGUAACAUACUCUAAGUCACAAAGUAGAAAACGAAAACAGAAACAAAACAAGAGGAAGGCCAAGAGAGCAAAACAAAACAGAAUGGAGGCUAACUGUAAACAGAUAGUUAGAACCAUUGCACCUCAACGUAACGAUAGUGAUGCAGAGCCCAUAGGCCCACUAGAAUUACAUCAGGAAGGAAUUAUUGGUUUAAAAAAGAGACAGUUGCCUUACAUCCAAUAUGCUUUUGACAAGGAAUUGUUCACUGUGGCUGCAAAGGACACUAUCAAGCAAUAUAUGACAUUUUCCAUGAGUGAGAUUGAGGAGGAUGAUAGUGAUGGUAGCAGUGCUGAUGCCCGUGAUGGUAGCGGUAGUAGAGAUUAUGGUAAUGGUAGUAGUGCUUAUGAUGAUGGUAGCAGUGCUGAUGGUGAUGGUAGCAGUAGUGAUGGUAGCAGAGAUGAUGGUAAUGGUAGCAGUACUGAUGGUGAUGGUAGCAGUGCUGAUGGUGAUGGUAGCAGAGAUUAUGGUAAUGGUAGCAGCGCUGAUGGUGAUGUUGAGAUCAGUACUUCUGAGAUAUUAGACAAUUGA